AUGGACGGCAAGCGUCACCCCAGCUCGUUCCAGCAGUUGGAAAAACUGGGCGAGGGAACUUAUGCGACGGUCUUCAAGGGGAGGAACCGCCAGACGGGUGAGCUCGUUGCGCUCAAAGAAAUCCACCUCGAUUCCGAAGAAGGCACACCGUCCACGGCGAUCCGCGAAAUUUCUCUUAUGAAAGAACUCAAGCACGAGAAUAUAGUCGCCCUUCACGAUGUUAUCCAUACCGAGAACAAACUUAUGCUGGUGUUCGAGCAUAUGGAUGGUGAUCUGAAGCGCUACAUGGAUACCCAUGGCGAACGCGGCGCCCUCAAGCCCGCCACCAUCAAGUCUUUUAUGUAUCAGCUCCUCAAGGGUAUCGACUUCUGCCACCAGAAUAGGGUACUUCACCGAGACUUGAAGCCGCAGAAUCUCCUCUACAACAGUAAGGGGUUGCUGAAGUUGGGCGACUUUGGCCUGGCCCGUGCCUUUGGCAUCCCCGUCAAUACCUUUUCAAACGAAGUCGUCACCCUUUGGUAUCGUGCGCCUGACGUGCUUCUCGGCAGCCGCACCUACAACACGAGCAUCGAUAUUUGGUCUGCUGGAUGCAUCAUGGCCGAAAUGUACACUGGCCGCCCGCUGUUUCCGGGCACGACAAACGAAGAUCAAAUUAUUCGCAUCUUCCGCAUCAUGGGCACCCCGACAGAGCGAACCUGGCCCGGCAUCAUGCAACUGCCAGAGUACGGUGACAAAUUCGACAAAUUCCAGAUGUACGCGACGCAAGACCUGCGCAAUCUUCUGCCCGCCAUCGAUCCUACUGGUAUCGACCUGCUCCAGAGAAUGCUGCAACUGCGACCCGAGCUGCGCAUCAGCGCCCAUGACGCGCUGCAGCACCCCUGGUUCAACGACCUGGUCAUGCACCAGCAACAGCAGGCAGCACAGGCGGCAGCGCAGGCAGGAGUUAGGGGCUACCAGCAAGUUCCGGUGCCAGGCUACGAAGGCUAUUAG